CACAGUAUUACUCCACUCCGUAAACGCCUGACGCGUCCUACUUAUGCAGAUAAUAAUACUCCCACGUGGCUGUCCUUCUCUUAGUAACCAACAUGUCUCAAUCAUUCUUACGGCCUCUCAGAUCAUCAUGGUCUCGCUCAUGGUGUAUAACCAGAACUCACAAACAGUCCACUAGGUCAUUCGCGAAACCAUUCCUAUGGGGUGCUGUUUCCAUCUUUUCAGCUGCAUAUGCAGUACAAAGUACCAUGACCCUCCAUCUUGAUGCCGAACCAUCUCUACCCGACUCUGGAUUUGAGAUUGAUCCCGCAACAUCAAUUGCUUUCCCCAAGACCCUUCAUAUACCAUCAAAAUUCCCUUUGCCUCAGUUCUCACUCGUUGGCGUUGGGGUGAGAACUGUAUCAUUCCUUGGCAUCAAGGUGUACUCUGUUGGCUUUUACGCCGACCUUGCCAAUCCGAACCUGAAUAUUCCCAUGACUGCAACUCCCGACGAAAAAAUAGAACACAUUGUCCGCAAUACCGCAUGUGCCAUUCGAAUAGUACCCACUCGCGGCACCUCUUAUUCGCAUCUCCGUGACGGCUUCAUGCGUGCCCUCACUGCACGUAUGCAGCUCGCACAUGCCCGUGCUACAAUCACUCCAGAAGAGGAAGCCGCAGCCCAGUCUCCUUUGAGGACAUUGAAAUCACUUUUCCCUACUACGUCAAUGUCAAAGGGCAAACCGUUUGACAUAAUACUUGUCGCGCCAUUGCGCAGCCCAUCUCGCCCGCGAACUUUGGUUCUCAGAGACAUGGGUUCUGUGGAAAAUGAUUGGGUAUCAGAGGAAUUCGUCCUGGCAUAUUUCGAGGGUAAUGGAAUUAGCCCUCCGUUGAAGAAAGCUGUUACAGAACGAAUGCAAGCGUUUGGGAAGUAGCCUUUAGUACCUCCAUUUACUUAGGCAUGCUUCGGCCCAAUGUAUGCCGGGAUAAAAUUAUACUAUUUGCUAUGAACCCGAAAAUGCAUCCCGUUUAGCUCA